AUGGAAUGGAGGAAGAAUUCAACGUUUCAAAAUCCAAAUUAUAUUCAAUCACCAUUCUCGAGUCCUACGAAUAAUCGAAAUCAAUAUUAUAAUGCUAAUUAUUCACCAAUCUCAGUAAUCCGAAAUCAACCAUUGUUACCACCAAGUUUCCAAGAUCAAGCACAAAUAAAUAAUGAUUCACAACAGAAUAAUGAAGAUUUCGAGAAUCAGAGAUUCAGUUAUUACAUGUCAUCAUUCCCUUUAUAUUGUUGUGAUUGGACAACUAUAAAUGAAUAUGAUACUGAAUGUAUUGCAUUAUCAUCGUAUAAAGAAGGACUUAAUAAUAAAUUACAUAUAUUACAUGGAUUGAAAUACGGUAAAGAGGCCACUUUUGAAGAAGAUGAAGAUAUGAUCAAUGGGAGUUUUGAAAAUGAUAACAUUGAAGGGUUUGAUUUCCAUAAAGUGUCAGAAAUUGAUAUUGAUUAUCCUGUUACCAAUUUACAAUGGGAUCCUAUGAUGAGUAAAUAUGGACUCAAUGAAAGGUUAGCUACAUCAUCAGAAGUUUUAAGAUUAUAUAAAGUUGAUCAUGAUAGUUAUGACAAUAAUGGAGAUUAUCAAUUAGUACAAACCCAUUAUUUGACCAACAAUAAUAGUAAAGCUCAGAAGGAAAUGAUGACAAAUCCUCCAGUUACUUCCUUUGAUUGGAAUAAAGUUGAUAAUAGUAUCAUUAUAACGUCUAGUGUUGAUACUACAUGUACAGUAUGGGAUUUAAAUCGAUCAAUCUCCAUUGAUAAUCAAGGUCAUAAAGUCGAUAGUGCAGCUGUCAAAACUCAAUUGAUUGCUCAUGAUUCAGAAGUUUUCGAUGUUAAAUUUUUGAAUGAUUCAACCAACCUCUUUGCAUCUGUUGGUAAUGAUGGAUCUAUGAGAAUCUUUGAUUUGAGAAGUUUAGAACAUUCAACAAUCAUUUAUGAACCGUCAAACGAUGUAAAAAUCAAAAGUUCAAAUUCAUCAUCAUAUAAUUCAAAAGCAUUAAUUAAAUUAGACACUUCUAAUAUUGACCAACACUACUUAGCUACCAUUGGAGUUAAUUCUGAUCAAAUUAUAAUCAUUGAUACAAGAAUGCCCGGAGUACCUGUUUCAAUUUUAGAUGGUUCAUUUGACGGAUUAACUAAUACAGCUAUAAAUUCCAUUAAAUGGCACCCUUCAUCCAAUUUCUUAUUAUCAGGAGGUGAUGAUUGUCAAUCUCUUGUUUGGGAUUGUAACAACCUUUUCCAAAAUAAGAACGAUUCAAGUAUGAUAAUUAAUUCUCCUGUAAUGGCAUAUCAAGAUAAUUUGGAAAUCAAUAAUGUCUGUUGGAGAGGUGGACAAGGUGAUUGGAUGGGUGUUGUAAGUGGUAAAGGGUUCCAAGCUGUUCUGAUAUAA